CAAUAAGCCGCCAUAUUAGGAAGCCAAACCCCUCUUUCAUUCGGUUAAGAAAAGACAGGACACACUUAGAGGAUAGUUUUAGGAAGUGCCGGCUGUUGUCGAGCGAUUGAAUUAAAAUUGUUACACCUGCACGAGCCAUAUCUCGGUUUUGUUUGGGCACUGCCUUUCAGACGGGUUACUUAGAUUCUUUUCUACAAUGGCGACCGCGGCUGCAACUCCGACCAGCCAGAGAAGCACGUGCGGCAGCGGUACUCCGCUGAGCCCGACCCGGAUCACCCGACUGCAGGAGAAGCAGCAGCUCAGGGACCUCAACGACCGCUUGGCCACUUACAUCGACAAAGUCCGUAGCCUGGAGUCUGAGAACGACGUACUUCGUCUGCAAAUUAACGAGAAGGAAGAAGUGAGGAGUCGGGAGAUAACCGGACUGAAAGCCCUGUAUGAGACCGAGCUCGCCGACGCCAGGAGGAGUUUGGAUGACUCCUCCAAGGAGCGGGCCUGGCUGCAGAUUGAGCUGGGAAAGAUCAAAUCCGAGCAUGAGCAGCUGCUACAGAACUACAGCAAGAAGGACUCUGAGGCAGCAGGAGCCCAGGCCAGGCUGAAGGACUUGGAGGCUCAGCUGAACUCUAAAGAGGCCAUGCUAGCUACAGCGCUGUCUGAGAAGAGGAGCCUGGAGGACACGCUGGCCGACCUGCGAGAACAGCUGCAGGAGUUGGAUACAAGUCUCACUCAGGCCAAGAAGCACCUGGCAGACGAGAUGCUCCUGCGCGUCGACUUGGAAAACCGCUGCCAGAGUCUGACCGAGGACAUGGACUUCCGUAAGAGCAUGCACAAGGAGGAAGUGGAGGAGGCCCGGCAGCGCUAUGAGAGCCGCCUGGUGGAGGUGGACUCUGGGCGCAAGGAGGAGUACGAGUAUAAACUGACUCAGGCCCUGGCUGACAUGAGGGCUCAGAACGAGGAGCAAAUCAUGAUCUACAAGGACAACAUGGAGAGCACCUACAUAACCAAACUGGAGGACCUGCGUCGCUUUUCUGAGAUGAACGGAGCAUCAGCCAACAUGGCCCGAGAGGAACUGAGGGAGUCGUCCCUGAGGAUCGAGAGCCUCACCGCCCAGCUGGCAGGACUGCAGAAGGAGACUCGUGGUUGGCGGGAUCGUAUAAUGGAGCUGGAGCAGGCGUUGGCUCAGGAGAAAGACACGAGCCGCAAGCUGCUGGCGGAAAAAGACCGCGAGGUGGCCGAGAUCCAGGCCAAGAUGCAGGAACAGCUGAACGAGUACGAACAGCUGCUGGAUGUGAAACUGGCUCUGGACAUGGAGAUCAAUGCCUACCGCAAACUCCUGGAGGGAGAAGAGGAGAGACUGAAGCUGUCUCCCAGCCCCGUGUCUCGCGUCACGGUGUCUCGAGCCUCGUCCAGCAGCCGCAGCGUUCGGACCACUCAGGGAAAGAGGAAGCGCGUGGAUGUGGAGGAACAGGAAGCCAGCAGCUCGGUUUCCAUCGCCCACUCCGCCUCAGCAACAGGACCCAUCUGCAUCGACGAGAUCGACACCGACGGCAAGUUCAUCUGCGUCCACAACAGUGGUGAACAGGACCAGGCCAUGGUGGGUUAUGAGAUGAUUAAGACUAUUGGAAAUGCUACAGCCACCUAUAAGUUCACUCCCAAAUACGUCCUCAAGGCCGGCCAGAAAGUCAUGGUUUGGGUGUCUGAUGCCGGUGUGAGCUCCAAACCUCCCACAGACCUGGUGUGGAAGAACCAGUCCUCCUGGGGGUCAGGAGAGGAUGUCCAUGUGGUACUGAUCAACCCUCAGGGAGAGGAGGUGGCAAAGAGAACCACGACAUACAAGACAGGAGUAGAAGAAGAGCAGGGUGAAGAAGAAGAUGAUGAUAACGGAGUGGAGGCCAUCGAGGAAGACCUCUUCCACCAGCAGGGAGACCCUCGCACUGCCAAAAGAGGCUGCUCCAUCAUGUGAUCCCACUGCACCAACCAGCCACCUCCUUCUCUGAGCCCAGCCAGUCUGCUGCCAACUGUAAUACUAGAACUAUUUUUCUAUCUUUUUGUAGUGUAUUUCAAUAAAAUGUAUGGAUUUUAUUUGAUGUUUUCAUAAGAAUGCAAAACAGCUUUUUGGUAGAUUUAUUUUCAUCUGAAAACCAAAAUAUGGUCAUUGAGCAACAUUUUUACUUCAGAAGCUUUUUUUCUUUUUUUAAACCAUGUAACAGUAGCUUAACUCAAAGACGGGCUGUGUCUUUAAGAAAACAAUGAGUGGUGUUAUGUAAUUUUUAAAAAAAUAGACUUUAAUUUUGUUAUUUUAUUUUAUAUUUGAUCUUAUUAUAAUUAUUAUUGAUGCUAUAUUUUAGGCCUUUAAAUGACAAGGAAAGCUACAAGAUGUCAGUGAUUAGUUUAGGUCAUGGGCUGGUUUUUAACUUUUCUAAAGAUCUACUGUAUGAUUAAGAAAUUGUGGAAAAAAAUGAACACUAAAAGCUCAUCAGUAAAAUGAGUUGAUGUGAUGAAUGACUUCCUCCUAUUAGUCUGGACCUUGAGUGAAAGAAAGUCUGAAGAAUUCAAUAUGGAAUCAUCUGUUCUAGGGGUGUAAUGGUACAAAAGAUUCACGGUUCGGAAUGUACCUCAGUACAGCAGAAAACAAUUAUUAUUAUUGUUGUUAUUAUUAAUGAAACAGUUUAGUUGUGCUGCAGUGGAAACUAUUACUGAAACAGAUGAGUUGCCACAGUGGAAAACAACCUUUGUUGCAGAGUGACAGGAAACCUGCUGAUAGCUAUUUUAUGCUAUUUAGCAGCUCCACCUCCAUCAGCUACAACAGUAACAUGCUGCUCUAACACUGAUGCUUCACUAUUAAUAAUCUAAUGAUGUCAUAUAUAAUAAUAUAUCAGUCAGAGAGACCAAACCACUACUUUUACUGCAAUACUUUUUAAGUACAUUUUUCUCUCAGAACUAGUUCUUACGACGACGACCAUGUCAGAAAUCAAAUGUUUUUAUUAUUGUUCUGAACAGCUUCACUCAAAGGUGGAGUGAAAAGGUGACUGUCACAGAGAGGGGAGGGGGUAUCAUUGCACUACAGAGAUAACAGGGCGUAUCUUAAUACUAGUGUUGCAGUCAGUCAGUGUUAUGGGUCUCUGACUCUACGGGAUAACCAGAUUAACCAGGCUACCUUAGCUAAACUGGCUAAUAUACACCAAUAAGUAUGCUACAGCUAAGUGAUGUGCUGCCAAAAUGUUUCAGGUGGAACUGGUGCUCUACAGUUAUUGUUCCACACAUCAGUGGAUUAUUAAACUAUUGUGACAGUAAUUGUUUGAGUCACAGAGCAUAUUCUUCAUGCGACUGCAUGCACCGGACCGUAACGUCUAUGCCGUGACGGUUCAGCACGAAUACAUGUACUGUUACACCCCUAAUCUGUUCAGUGUUAUCCUUGUGAUAUCUUCAGAAAAAACUUCACAAUCAUGAUGUAUUUAUAAGGAAGUCAGAGGACAGUUGAGUUACUUUAAAGGUGCAAUGUGUAAGAAUUGGCCACGUGAUCCAAACAAAUAAGCAGCAGCAUACCAUUAUCACUCACUGAAUGUAACGUAAAGCUUACUGUUAACAGUAAAUCUGUGUAUCGUCAUUGAGAUAUCAAAAUGUUACAGAGAUAUUAGAGCCAGAGGUAAAUUGCCAAAGAGCUGUACAGAUCAGAAAGCGGUUGCACCAUGGAGACAAGUCAAAACAUAACACUAAGUAACAACUAAAUAGUUACACACAUCCCUAAGGUAGGGGUAAAAUGUCACAGAACUCACUAAUUGUAAAACAGCAGUUUUGUGCCACACAGCAUCAUAUUUUCAGUAAUUGUAUGCCAUUUUACAACAUAGUAAUCCAUUUGAAACCUAAUUUGUUGAUAAAUUUCAAUAUCAAUCCAGCUUACUACAAUGUGCCACAAUGCCAAAUGGCUCAUGCCAGUUUACACAUAGCUGGUACAACCCAGUGCAAACUACCAGCUGAUGUCUCACUCAGCCAGCAUCUGCAGCAGAAAAUGGCUGCUGCGACAUCAUCAGUGCAACUUUCCAAAUAGGCGUUACUGACCAUAUAUUGGAACUCUAAAUAGUAAAUAAUAAAGUGACGUAUUGACAGCACUAGAGUGAAAGGUACAGCAGCUUUCAGCCUGGCUCAUCUCCACCAGUGCUGCUCAGGGCAGCACCACUUCUUCUCCCUCUCAUGUUGACUGAGGGAAGACUGGACGCUACAGUCUCUCAGACACAAAGUGGUACUAUGAAACAGUAUGGGCCAGAUGGGAGGGGUUAGCUGAUUAGCAUGCUACUUCAGUAGAUAUCUAUUCAAAACAAUACAUAGAUAUCUUUGACAUAACGUCAAAACUGUUUCUUCACAUUCUGUUGAUAUUUUUAGUUCAUUUUUGAAUGUUUUAAACAGAAAUUAUGGUGAAAUCUCACACAUUGCACCUAUUUAAAGCCCCUAUGUGUAGGAUUAGAAACUGUGGCUUUUUGGUAGUAUCAAAAUAGACUGAAAGACACCACCCCCACAGAUCUGACCCGACCUACAAAAAAGGACUAAAAGUAAAAGCAUACAUCAGAGUAAAACUUGUGUCAUCAAAAUAAUUUGAUAUGAUGCUAUAAUCAAAUUUUAUACAUGGGGGGACUUUAAUGUGAUGUCAUGCAGCAAACAUGACUUUCUCGUCACUGACUUUGAAUAAGUAUUGCACCACUACUUAUGAAGUGUUGAUUGUAUUCUUAACUUUUGAUAUUUGAAGUGUUUGAAGUAUACUUUGUGUUUGUGUGUUACUAUGCAUGCUAUGGCUGUAACCUUCAUAGUUGAAUGAAUAAAUGUUCUUUUCUUGUA